AAUGUAAAAUUAUGCAAGUACCAAUAGCAUAAAAUACAACAAAAUUUCCUUGCGAAAACGUUGCAAUUAGAUGUAAUGAUGGCUGGGACUACGGUUUCGUUAGUAAGAAGCUUAUCAAUUGCAACGCGAUUCGCUUUACAAAAUUCUAAAUUAAAUAAAUUUACUUGCUGUACGGCGAAAGUACUCUCUGCUUCGCGAUACAAUUAUGACUUUACUCGCUGUUUAUCUGCAUCUCCCAAAGAAUUAAUCAAGUUCAGACAAUUGGUACCAAAACAAAACCUUUAUCAUGAUCAGAAAUUAUUGCAAAUCCCGAAGUAUCCCAUUGAUAUACACUGCAAUAAUUUCUCAAUGUUUAAAAGAAGAAAUAAUCCAGGCAAAAAGAAGAAACGAAUUCCAAAAUUAAUAUUAUUGCAAAAUCCAUUUAAUUGGCUCAUGACAAAAAUAGAUUUCACUGUAUUAAGGCGUGUCUGGGAUCCUACUUUUCGUGAAAAAGAAUUUAGAUUCGGAACCACACAGGCAAUAUCUCGUGUGACCCACAUUAUAAGCGAGGGUCAGCUCGAAGAACUGAACGGCUUGCUGACGAAACCGGCCCGUGUAAGUUUGUUGCGUGAGCUUGAACGUAAUUGGGGCGAAAAACAGAGAGCUCUGCUGGCUCUGAAACAUGAGGACAUACAAAUCUCUUCACCACGGAAAGUUUAUUUCAUUAGGAUUGCUGAUAAAAAGUUUUGUGAUGUUGAUAUGGCCUUCUUAGCGCUCAAAUGGGCUCCGAUAAACAACAUAGAAGCGUUGAUAUUUACUGAAAUAUUUGCACGUUUUCAUCGAGAAUAUACGCCGAAUUGCAUCCCUGAAUGGACCAUUGCGUAUUUUAAAGUUACUCGGUUCGAAGUUCUACGCAAGUAAUACAGAACAAGUCAUUCAUUUUUUAUAAGAUACAAAUAUUAUGUAAUAAUUACAUUUUUAAUGUAUUUCUUAAUCAUUUUACUAUACAUUAAUAUAAA